AUAUUACAUACAUAUAACUAACUGCAAUUCCUACUAUUCUCUAUUUCCAGCUCUUGUUCGGCCAUGGAAAUAACAAACUCAAAACCCCAUUUAGUAUUCCUAUCAAGCCCUGGCUUAGGCCACCUAAUUCCAGUUCUUGAGUUAGGAAACCGCCUUGCCACUCUCUGCAACUUUGAAGUAACCAUUUUUACAGUACCAUCGAACACAUCACAAGCUGAAACUCAACUUCUUCAAUCAGCCAUGACUGCAAAGAUCUGCGAAAUCAUCCAACUCCCUCCGGUUGACAUUUCCAGUCUCAUCCAACCAGAAGCCGCCGUCGUUACCCAAAUUUCUGUUAUGAUGCGUGAAAUCCGCCCAGCUUUCCGUUCAGCUUUAUCUGCUCUGAAUUUUCGUCCCGCCGCCAUAAUCCUUGACCUGUUUGGAACUGAGUCUUUAGAGAUUGCUAAAGAACUUGGGAUUCCAAAAUACGUUUAUAUGACUAAUAAUGCAUGGUUUUUAGCUCUUACAAUAUACAUACCUUUUCUUGAUAAGGUGGUAGAAGGAGAGUUUGUUGAUCAAAAAGAGAAUCUCGAAAUUCCGGGUUGCAGGCCAGUUCGACCGGAAGAUGUUGUCGAUCCGAUGCUAGAUAGGAGCAAUCAACAGUAUUUUGAGUAUGUUCGUAUUGGAAAUGAAAUCCCUAAAGCUGAUGGGAUAUUGGUAAACACAUGGGAAGCUUUAGAACCAACAACACUUGCAGCUCUUAGAGACGAGAACUUGUUGUACAAGACUACUAAGAUUCCGGUUUUUCCAAUCGGUCCAGUGAGAAGAGCGGUCGGAAAGGUUGAGGUUGGUUCAAAGUGUGAGUUGCUAAAUUGGCUCGAUAACCAGCCCAAGGAGUCAGUGGUUUAUGUUUCAUUUGGAAGCGGUGGUACACUCUCGUUUGAACAAAUGCAGGAAAUUGCUUAUGGUCUUGAGAUGAGUCACCAGAGAUUUAUUUGGGUAGUUCGCAGACCCAACAUAGAAACUGGCGACAGUUCAUUUUUUACUACAGGAAACGUUGGAGACGACGAUAUAUCUAGGUAUUUACCAGAUGGAUUCUUAACAAGGACUAAAAAUAUCGGUCGUGUGAUUCCAGGGUGGGGCCCACAAGUUCAGAUCAUUGGCCAUCCAUCAACUGGAGUGUUUUUAUCGCACUGUGGAUGGAAUUCUAUAUUGGAGAGUCUGACCAAUGGAGUGCCAAUCAUCGGAUGGCCAUUAUACGCCGAACAAAGAUUAAAUGCGACGCUGUUAGAAGAGGAGCUUGGGGUAGCGGUUAAACCGAAGAUUUUACCGUCGAAUGGAGUGGUAAAAAGGGAAGAAAUUGUAAUGAUGAUUAGAAAAAUUAUGGCUGAUGAAGAAGAAGGAGAUAAAAUAAGAAAAAGAGUUAAAGAAGUCAAAGAGAAUUCAGAAAGAGCUUUAAAUGAAGGUGGUUCCUCUUGUAAUGCAUUAUCUUCAUUUGCUGGGGAGUGCAAGAAAGGAUGGAAACGAUAGACUAUAUUCAUCAAACUAACCGAUCUCAAAAAUGGAGGUAGAAAAUAUGAGAAGGUUUAUGUAAUAAAUAAUAUAAAUGUUUCUCUUAUUAGAAGAUGGUUCCUCUUGGUCAUUCUGUGUUUUGGCUUUUCCUAAUUACAAAAUGCAAUAAGUGGUUUGCUUCCUACCAGAUUCCAAUUAAUAAAAUGUAGGCGUUAAUGCCAAAUGCUUAAGAUUCUUGAUACUGUUAAAA